AUGACGGAACUGUUGGCCCAAUCGGGGGUCAAACACAACCGCAUUAUAGGCGUCGACAUCGACCCCGAAAUGACUGCAUUCGCCCAACAGAACCACAAAUCCGUUGAUUCCGUGGAGUAUUGGACACAAGACAUGAGCCUAUCGUGGGAUGAGUUGACGCCCCGCGUGAGGGAACUGGAGGGCAGAGUAUCACUCAUUGUCUCCAAUAUAGCUCUCCAAGGGAUCAAAAAUAAAAGUCAAUUAAUGGCUGUUUUAUGCAAACUGUUGGCUACGGAGGGAGUAAUUGUCGCUCACAUCGAACCCGGCAUAUUGUUUGAAUUGAUCUCAACUGUGAGUCACAAAUUGGACCCAGGUGCAUAUCUACAGGAUGUCACCCUAUGGAGGGACGUGUGUUUAGCCGAGGGAUUGUCAGUGCAAACGUGCGAUUUAUUUGAAAUGGUUGUCCGCCUCACAAAGAAACAAGCGUUAGAGACACUGUUUAUUAGGCCUGGCCGACUCUACCCGGAGACGACACCCGCCUAUCGAUUGCGACGGAACCUGAGGUUCGACCGAAUGGUGCGCCCGAACGCCGAACACCCGAACCCUCGCGCGUGGGAUGAGAUGGUGGCCGACGAAUCGCUCCGGGAAUUGGAUUUUUACAAACAAUUCGUGCGAAUGUAUUGCCAAAAGAAAUGAAUGCCUUUCCCAUGAAAUACUAUUUUAAUGAUUAGUAUUUGGGUUAAAUUCUUAUAAUCAAUAAUCAGGAC